AUGGCUUGCCAGUCUGCCGAAGGCAUCCCGGUCCGCCCCCGGCGCUGUCUGGUUUCGUCGUCUGCUCCGACGGCGGGAAAGGUUGAGCAGGACGGCGGCAUCGAGCUGGCUCGUGGAUGGUGGAUGGGAUCUGACGUCAGACACCGGCGCGAGUGUCGUCAAGCGUCAGGAUUCGAGCGUCGAGCGUCGAUCGUCGAGCGGACCAUGUCCUUGACCACGGCUUCGAGCGACCACGGCGGUGGGCCCCAGGGAUGA